AUUUGACUGUAUGAAGGAUCGCAGGUGGAUUUUAUUCAACACGUCUUUGGACCUCUCUCUCUGCCUCAGAUUCUGCAGCUGAAGAAACAAAGAGAGAGAGUAAAAAGAUGGAGGGCGAGGAGGACGGGUUGGGCCGGGUCAGGGAGCUGCAGGAGCAGAGGAUGGCGGUGCAGAAGAAAACCUUCACCAAGUGGAUGAACAGCGUCUUCUACAAGAACGGGGAGCCGUUGGAGCUGACGGACGUUUACACCGAGCUAAAGACCGGAGUCGUUCUGAUCCGUCUGCUGGAGUUCAUCUCCAGAGAGAAGCUGCCGCCACCCAGCCGCCGCAAACUGAGAGUCCACUGUCUGGAGAACAACAGCAAUGCCAUUAACUUCCUCAAAACCAAGAUUCGGGUGGAUCUGAUUGGUCCAGAGAAUGUGGUGGACGGAGACCGCACGCUGAUCCUCGGUCUGCUUUGGAUCAUCAUCCUCAGGUUCCAGAUUGGACCCAUCAACCUGGACGAGGCUGGUGGAGGAGGUAGUGUGGCUCAUCGCUCGGCAAAGGAGGCUCUGUUGAUCUGGUGUCAGAGGAAAACGUCGGGUUACGAUGGCGUUGACGUGCAGGACUUCUCUUCAAGCUGGAGGAGUGGACUCGCCUUCAAUGCCCUCAUCCACGCACACAGGUCUGACCUGUUUGAUUACCGCCGUCUCCAUGCCGAUGACCCCCGUCGUAACUUGGAGCACGCCUUCUCCAUGGCUGAGCGAGAGUUUGGCAUCAUGCAGCUGCUGGAGGUGGACGACAUGGUGGUUCCUCACCCGGAUGAGAAGUCCAUCAUGACCUACGUGUCCCUGUACUACCACUACUUCUCCAAGAUGAAGCAGGGACAGACCAUCCAGAAGAGACUCGCCAAGAUUGUCGGGAUGCUGAUGGAGCUGGAUGCCAUGAAGGUCCAGUAUGAGAGAAUGGUCUCAGAUCUGCUCCACUGGAUCAAAACCAAGGUGGUGCAGCUGAAUGACAGACGGUUCCCGAACUCUGUGAGGGAGAUGCAGAAGCUGAUGACGGCUUUUAAGACGUACAGGACGGUGGAGAAACCGCCGAAAUAUCAGGAGCGUGGGGCAAUUGAAGCUCAUCUUUUCAGUUUGAAGACUCAGUUGGCGGCAAACAACCAAAGGGCUUAUAAUCCUCCAGAGGGUAAAACCCUGAGUGACGUAGAGAAGAGCUGGGUUUUGCUGGAGAGAGCUGAACACGAGCGUGAGCGAGCCCUGCAGGAGGCGCUGCUCCGCCUGGAGAACCUGGAGCAGCUCGCCCAGAAGUUUGAGAGGAAGGCAGCACUAAGGGAGGGGUAUCUGGAGGACACACUGCGUCUAAUCCGCAGGCAGGACAUCCGAGGACUCUCCACCCUGGAGGAGGCUCAGGCGGCUGGCCGCCGUCUGGAAGCUCUGUCCACCGAUGCGUUGGCCAGAGAGCCGCGCUUCACUGCUCUGAGAGACAUGGCAAAGACGAUCGAGAGGGAAAACUACCACAGCAAGGAGCAGAUUAUCAGGAGAGAGGACAGCAUCAGUCAUCGAUGGAAGGACCUGCUGCAGCAGCUCCAGGACCAGAGGGGGCUUCUGGGAAAUGUAGUUGAUAAUCUCAGCAUUCUCAGAGACAUUGAGCUCGUCUACCAGGAGCUGAAGGAACUGCAGACUCAGGCCAGCUCGUCUGAUCAGGGCAAACAGCUGGCCGAGGUGGAGUCCCUCCUCCAGAAGCAGGAUCUCCUGGACGCCCAAAUCUCAGCUCACGGUGAAACCAUCAACAACAUCAGCAGCAGAGUCCUGAAGGUGAAGGUGAAAGACGGUCAGCAGAUUCAGAACAGAGUGAGAGCUCUUGACACUCAGUAUAAAUCUCUGGUGUCCCUCAGCAGCAACAGGAGGAGACAGUUGGAGGCUCAGCUGAGGUUGUUUGAGUUUUUCCACGAUUGUGAGGAGUUGGAGGCGUGGCUUUAUGAACGCUGGUUGCGGCUUCAGACUGUUGGACUCGGACGAGACCUGAACCACAUCCAUCUGGCCCAACACAAACAUAAGGUUUUGGAGGCAGAGCUUCAGGCUCAGGAGACCCUGUACCAGGGGGUUCUGGGUCGAGGUCAGGAUCUGCUGUCCAAACAGGAUCAGGUGAACCAGCGGGCCAUCCAGAAGUGGAUCCGGACUCUAAAGAAACAGUGGAGCAACAUGAGCGACGAGGCGACCGCACACCGCAACAGACUGCAGGCGGCCGCCACCAUCAAACAGUACUUUGCAGACGUGACAGAGGCUGACUCCUGGCUGGGAGAUAGGAAACCGCUGCUAACCAGCGAGGAUUGUGGGAAAGAUGAGUCGAGCACAGAGGCGCUGCUGCAGCGUCACCUGCGUUUGGAGAAGGAAAUGGCGGCCUACGGUUCAGAGAUAAAGAGACUGUGGGAGCAGGCGAGGAGCGCCGCACAGCUAACGACCCUGACUGUGGAGACUCAGCAGAAAACCAUGAUUCAAUACAGUGAUUCAUCUGGAGAGGAGGAGGGGCCAGGAACAAUGACAUCACUGCCACGCAGGUCUCGAGGUGGGAGGGGCUCUGGGAGCUCCGCCCCUCAGAGAGAGGACAGCAAAGCGAAGGUCCGCUUCAGAUACAGCAGAGGUCAGUAUCAGUGGGAUCGAAAUGAGCUUGUGACCAUCAUAAGCACAGAGCAGGAUGAAGAUCGAGUCCUGGCUAGAGACAGCCGAGGAAACCAGCAGCUUAUCCCCAAAGCAUGCCUGAGCAUCCUGCCGGCGUCUGCUCCUCCCCCCACCCCAGCCGCCUCCACCAAUGGCGUGCCUGAAAGCUCGAGCAGGAAGCUAAGUUGCCCGAGGAGAAGGCGCUCGAUGCGCCGCAGCACGACUGAGAUUCAGACAACAUGGCUGCUGGACCCUCAGUACCAGAGAGAGACUGUAGAGAGCACUCAGGCCAGCCUGGACCAGGACUACAACUUCCUGUACAACCUGGUCAAGUCGAAGAUGAGGAGUCUGGAGGAGACGCUGCGUCUGCAUCAAUUCUAUAACAGCUGUCAGGAGUUUGAGUCAUGGAUGGAGGACAAGGAGAACAUCCUGAACACCUUCAGCACCGACAACGACAUCCUGGGAGUCGUCCAGGCCAAAUACGAGAACUUCCUGACUGAGUUGGUGAGUGGGCGUGGCCAGCUGGAUGACAUCAUCAGAAUGGCUGAGGAGCUGGUGAAGAGCCGACACAGUAAGCAGAGAGAGAUUCAGGCCCGACAGAGGAAGGUCUCCAACAGGUGGGAUCGGAUCCAGCAGCUCAAGGAUGAGAAAGGACAUAAGCUGCUGAGCACGGCAGACGUUCAGACGUUUCUUCAGAGCUGCGAGGAGGCUAAAGUUCAGCUGCAGGGUCAGCUGGACCGGCUCGACACUGUGGACGUGGGCUGCAGCUCCUUCACCCUGAGGACCGAGGAGGAGAACCAGACCCAGGCCCUCAGAGACAUUCAGAUCCUGGAGGGCAAGAUCGCCUACCUGAAGAGCAUGGCCAAGAUGAAGCAGGAUUGCAGUCCAGCAGAGAGAGCAGCCAUCGAGGAGGAGGUUCAGACUCUGGAGGCUCUGCUGAGUCAGCUGAAGGGUCAGGCUGCAGACAGACAGCAGCUCCUGGAGGAGGCUCGUCGGCUGCAGAGCUUCCAGCGGCAGACGAAGGAGCUGCAGCGCUGGACGGGAUCAGUGCAAGACCGUCUUCUGCAGGAGGAGACAGCGACUGACGUAGCCUCAGCCGUCGCUCUGCUGGAGCAACACCAGGAGCUCCGGCUGGAGAUGGAGGAGCAGAAGAGGAGGUUAAAGGAGAUGCAGAAGUUGGGGAGGUCUCUUCAGCAGGGCUCGUCCAAUGGGACGACAGGGGGUGUGGACAUCCAACAGACCAUGGACAAACUUGAUGCCGAUUGGUCCAAGCUUGACAAGAUGUGGACCAGUAGAAAGGAGCGUUUAGAGCAGGGGCUGGAGCUCCAGAGGCUGAACCAGGAAGGAGACCGGAUUGAGGCGGCGCUGUCCGGUCACGAAGCCCGACUGAGGGUCCAAGACGUUGGGGACUCGGUGGACAGCGUCCACGGUCUGCUGGGUCGACAGCACGAGCUGGAGGGUCUCCUGAAGGCUUUGGACCAACGAGUGGAUCACUUCACUGAACGCAGUCAGGAGCUCUUAAACAACCAACACUACGCUGCGAAACACAUCAAGGAGAGGAGCAGGAGCAUCCAGAAGGCCAACAAGAAGCUGAAAGAGAGCAGCAGGCAGAGGAGGAGUCAGCUGCUGGCCUCAAAGAAAUAUCAGGAGUUCCAGAGAGAUUCAGACGAGCUGCUGCUGUGGAUGGAGGAGAAGUUCAAGGUGGCGGAGGACGAGUCGUACCGAGACCCCACCAACAUCCUACGGAAGCUGAAGAGACACGAGGCGGCUGAGAGGGAGAUGCAGGCGAACCAGGUCCGGCUGGACAGACUGGUCCAGCUGGCGGAGCAGAUGCUCGCUGAGGAGCAUUACAACAGUCAGAGCAUCAGGAGGAAGUCCACUCAGGUCAGCAGCCGCUGGAGGAGACUUCAGGACAAGAUGGCCGACAGAGGAGACAAACUGAGACAGGCGGGACAGCAGGAGCAGCUGAUGGAGCUGCUGCAGGACGCUAAGCUGAAGAUUGAAGCCAUCCAGUGGAUGCUGAAUAACGCGGCCAAAGGUCACGAUCUCCGGUCCAGCCGACAGCUUCUGAAGGAGCAUCAACAGCUGGAGCAGGAGGCCAAGGAGCUGGCGGAGAAGAUCAACUCCAUCGUCAGCAGAGCCAAACACCUCGCCUCCAAUCACUUCGACUCUCAGAGGAUCCUCCGGGAGACAGAGACGUACCUCACACUGUUCAAGUCUCUCCAGAAGCCUCUGGACCGACGUCGAGCUCAGCUGGAGGCGUCGGUGCUGCUGUUUGGGUUUUAUCACGACGUGGACCUGGAGCUCAGUUGGAUCUCUGAACACGUUCCACCACCGGGAUCAACAGGAUACGACAAGUCUCUGGCUGGAGCCAUCAGCCUCAUGCAGAAACACAAGGAGUUGCAGGCAGAAGUAAACGCCCACCAAAAAUACCUGAAUCAUGUCCUGGAGAAGGGGCGGAGCCUGGCCAAAUCCAACAAAUCAGAUGGACAGGAAGUGCUUCAGAGGUGCAGCCACCUGUGCGCAGAGUGGGAGGAGCUAGAAGAGGUCUGCAGCAAAAGAGCAGCUCAUCUGAGCAAGGCAAUCACCAGAGAACAGCUGCUGUUGGACUGCUCAGAGCUGGAGUCCAGGCUGACCGAGACACUCAGUUUGGUGAAGACAGACGACUACGGCAAAGACCAGCUGGCCACACAAAGUCUCAUCACCAAACACCAGGUGCUGGAGGGUCAACUGGAGGUGCUGGAGGUGGAGGUGGAGGAGUUAGGAGACCAGGUGGAGCAGGCGGUGCAGAACUGGAGACUGGAGGAGCUCAGCCGGCCGUACAGUCGUCUCAGUAGUCUGAACCAGCAGCUGCAGCAUCAGGCGGCUCUCAGGGGUCAGAGGUUAAAAGAAGUCCUCCAUCUGCACGAGUUCAGCCGAGAGUCCUCAGAGUUGGAGGACUGGAUGAACCAGCAGAGACAGACAGCAGAAUCCCAGGACCUGGGCAAUGACUACCAGCAUGUUCAGCUGCUUCGUGGGAAGUUUGAAGGCUUCCUGAAGCAGCUGGAGGUUGGAGAGGACAGACUGCAGAGCUGCAGCGACCUGGCAGCCGGACUGAUCCCCAACAAACAUCCUCAGAGUGCUGCAGUCAGAGAGACGCUGCUGCAGCUCAGUGCAUGCUGGGAGGAUUUGAAGGGCGUGGCCAGGGAGCGACGGGAUCAGCUGCAGAGAGCUGAGGAGUGUCACUGCUUUUAUCAAGACCUGGCUGACGCGCUGACACUCAUCAAGGAGCGACAGAAGAGCAUCCCUGACGAUGUGGCAAAGGAUUUGCGUGGAGUUACGUCACAGCUGAGGAAACAUGAAGCUCUGCUCCACGAGCUAGCCGCCACAGAGCAACAGUUGCAGGAGCAGUUGGACGCCAUCGACCCCAUCCUAGGUCUCUGCACUCCUCAGUUGAAACUCUGCCUACAGGAAGUGCAGCAGGAAUUGGUGGAGCGUUGGGAAGAGCUCCGUCUCCAGGCAGAGAAGAGGGAGGAGGAGCUUAAACUGGCGUGCCAGAGAUACCUGUUCCUCAACAUGGCGAAGGAUUAUCUCCUGUGGUGCAGCCAGCUGAUUGGAGGGAUGGCGGCUGAGGAGAGCAUCAGUGACGUGGCGACCGCUGACCUCCAGCUGGCCCAGCACCAGCAGCUGUGGGCCGAGAUGGAGGCCAGACAGGAGACGUACCAGCAGGUUCUGGACGUGGGGGAGGAGCUGCAGACUCAGGACAGGAGAAACAGGAAGGAGGUGUUGGAGAAGCUGCAGGCGCUGCAGGCAGAGCGAGACAAGCUGGAGGAUCAGUGGAACCAGAAACAGACCUGGUUAGAGACGGUUCACCUGGAGCAGGUCUUCUACAGAGAUGUCAACAGCAUGGACAAAACCUCCAGCUCACAGGAGAUCCUGCUGCAGAACAGCACUCUGGGAAACACGGUUGAUGAGACGGAGGGUUUGAUCAAACGUCAUGAAGCAUUUGAGAAGCUGCUCAGCUCGCAGGAGGAUAAGCUGUCCUCUCUGAAGGAGCUGUCUGAGCGGCUGAAGUUGCAGCUGAGCAGAGAGAAGCGCGGACGAGUGAAAUCCAAACUCAAGGCCCUCCUCCAGCGACGUGAUAGGAUCAAAGAGCUGUCCGUCAAACGCAGGGAAGCGCUGGAGCUCUCAAAGAUGCUCUGUAUCUUCAACAGAGAUGUUGCAGAGGCUGAGGAGUGGGUUUCUGAGCGGAUGCAGAAGAUGGCAGAGGACGGUAAAGCUGACCUCAGUAACCUGCAGGCAAAGAUGAAGCUUCUCCAGAAACAUCAGGUGUUUGAGGCCGAGAUCCUCGCUCACAGUGAGAUCAUCACUUCUGUGUUGCUGGCCGGAGAGAAGCUGGUCUCACUUCGUCAUCCGAGGUCCAAGGAGGUGAAGAGGAGUGCAGCAGCCCUGGAGCUCCACUGGGAGGAGCUGAAGAAGGCGUUGGCUGUCCGAGGGAAAGCACUGGAAGAUAACAGAGACUUCCUGGAGUUCCUGCAGAAGGUGGAGGAGGUGGAGGCCUGGAUCAGACAGAAGGAGGUGAUGAUUAAUGUUGGAGAUGUUGGGAAGGAUUAUGAACAUGGAGUUCAGCUGCUGAAGAAACUCAGCGAGUUCAGGGGAACGGGAGACGGGGAUGUGACGGUGGACGACGCUCACAUCAUGGCCAUCAACAGGCUGGCAGCUCGACUGGAGAAGAGACAGAGUGAUGAAGAGCUGAAGACUGUGAGACAGAGGAGACAGCAGCUCAAUGACAGGUGGAGUAAGUUUCAUGUAGAUCUGAACAAUUACAAGAAGAAGUUGGAGGGAGCACUGGUGGUCCAUGGCCUCAUUAGGGAGCUGGAGGAGGUCAGAGACAGAGCCAACGAGAAGAUGUUGCUGCUGCAAGGUCAGGACUGUGGUGUAGAUGUGGACAGCGUGGAGAACCUCAUCAGACGCCACGAGGAAACCGAGCGAGAGGCCGGGGUCAUCCAGGAGAGGUCGAAGGUGCUGGAGAGGGAGGUGUCAGACCACCUGAGGGAUCGAUCCGGGAUGAGCGACAAGCUGAAGGACAAACAGAAGGAGGUCCAGAAAGUGCUCAAGACUCUGGAUAAGGAGGUGAAACAAAGGAAGGAGAAGCUGCAGGAGGCUCAUCAGCUGCAGCUGUUCAAAGCCAACCAGCGCCUCCUGCUGGAGUGGAGUGUCAAACAGAGCAGUGAGAUGGCAGAAAAAGGACUUCCAAAUACCCGAGCCAUGGCCGACCGGCUCAUCAGGGAGCAUCAGGACUGGAAGACGGAGAUUGAUGCCCGUGCUGAGCGCACAGACUCCGUUCGGGACUAUGGUCUAGGGCUCAUCCGGUCUGGUUGCAGUUUGAAGGCAGAGAUCCAGAAGGCUCUGAACCAGCUGGAGGAAGCCAAAUCUGGACUGGACCGAGCCUGGCUGAACCGAAGCACGACUCUGGAGCAGGCCCGAACCCUGCAGGUGUUCUUGUCCUCCGUCGAGCAGUGUGAGAGCUGGCUGAGUAACAAGGAGGCCUUCCUGUCCAACCAGGACCUGGGGAGCUCGGUGACAGAGGUGGAGACUCUGCAAAGGAAGCAUGCUCAGUUUGAAGAGGCUCUGGAGGCUCAGGUGGACCAGCUGGAGCAGGUGGAGGAACUGGCCCAGAAGAUGAUCAAACAGAAACACUACGACUCUGACAACAUCAGAGCAAAGAGCAGAGCGCUCAACACCAGGCGGAGCCAGCUGCAGCAGCAGAGCAGAUCUCGUCACAAAGCUCUGGAGCGAUCUCUGCAGUUGCAACAGUUUUUAUCCAGCAGCUACCAGGUGUGUGUGUGGCUGUACGAGCGUAACGCGGUGGCCUUGGAUGAGAACUGGAGGGAACCAACCAACCUGCAGGCCAAACUGCUGAAACAUCAAAGCUUUGAGGCCGAGAUCCUCGCUAACCGAUACAGAGUCGAUGCACUCACCAAGGAAGGAGAGAAGCUUCUGGAGUCUCAUUCAGCUGAAGUGAAGGUUCGACCUCGACUCCGAGAGCUGACGGAGAGCUGGGACGCUCUGAUCCAGAACUGUAAGGAAAAGAAAACCCGACUGCAGGAGGCCUACCAGGCACUGCAGUUCCAGCGUUCCCUUGAUGACAUGGAGCAGUGUGUGGACUCAGUAGAGAGGGAGCUGACUAAUGAGGACUGUGGAAGCGACCUGCCGUCCGUCAACAGACUCCUGAAGGCGCUGCAGGGGCUGGAGGAGGAGGUGGACGGACACAGGGACAGAAUGCAGGCUCUGGUAGAAACAGCAAAGAGCUUCCACUCUCAGGGGAACUUCCUGGCUGAAGAGAUCCAGAUCCGAGUGUCGCACACCAUCAACAGAUAUAACAGUCUGGCGGAGCCCCUGCAGAAUCGGAGGGACACCCUGGAGGCCUGGCAGGUUCUGUUCCAGUUCUACAGAGACGUGGAGGAGGAGGUGUCGUGGCUGGGCGACAGACUGCCCUCCAUCAUGGCUAAAGAGUGGGGGAGCUCGCUGAGCAGCACCCAGCAGUUGCUCCACAAACAUCAGGCUGCGAUGCAGGAAAUCUCAGGCCGCGCCCCAUUGGUUCAGGCUGUUCAGGAGGCGGGGCAUAGUCUGGUCAGAGCUCGUCACUUUGCGUCCCACGACAUCCGAGAGCGUCUGGAGGAGCUGAAGAGUCUCCACGAGAAGCUGAUGAGGGAAGCGGAGAGGAAAGGGAAACUCCUGCAGGAGGCGCUCAGCAUCCACACCUUCCUCGCUGAGGUGUCUGAGCUGCAGCUGUGGGUGGACGAGCAGCAGACAGGUUUGGAGUCUCGGGACUGUGGGAGGAGCGAGGAGACGACGGAGACUCUGUUGAGGAAUCUGGACUCUGUGGACGUGGAGCUGGAGAACCAGAGGAGGACGGUGGAGAGGCUGCAGGAGGGAGGAGCCUCGCUGCAGCACCUCGGACAUCCCAACAGCCACUUGGUUUCUGAGUCUCUCCUGGAUGUCCUUGAACGCUUCGAGACUCUCCUCCGACUCUCGACCGCUCGUCGAGCAGCCCUGGAGGAUCAGCUCCGCCUCUACGUGUUUGAGAGAGAAGCUAAAGAACUACAAACAUGGCUGACCUCCAAAAAGACUCUGGCAGAGUCCAAAGACAUCGGACAAGAUCUGGAGGAUGUAGAAGUGCUUCAGAAGAAGUUGGAGGUUCUGGUGUCAGAGAUGUCGGGUCUGGGUCGGAGCAGACUGACCUCGGUGCAGCAGCUGUGCAGAGGUCUGCGGCAGGACGAUCAGGCCCGGAGGAGAGACGACGCCCUGAGCGGUCUUUGGGAGGACCUGAACAGCAGCAUCAGGACCAGAGAGCAGGAUCUGCAGUCAGCGAGGGAGAUCCAUCAGUUUAAUCACGACGUGGAAGAGCUGAAGGGCUGGAUGGCUGAGAAGGAGGCUGUUCUGGACUCAGAGGACCAUGACCACGACCUGCACUCCAUCAAGACUCUGCUGAGACAACACGAGACGCUGGAGAGAGACCUGCUUCUGAUCUCUGAGGAGCUGAAGAGGAGCAGAGAGGAGGGCCAGUCUCUGAGCAGACGACAGCCUCAGGCUCGACCUGCUGUGGCUCAGAGGCUGGAGGAGCUGGAGCUCUGCUGGAGCAGUAUCCAGGACAAAACCUCCCAACGCAGGGCCAGACUGGGCCAGGCUGAAGACGUGCAGAAAUACUUAUCACACCUGACUGAACUUAUGGCCUGGCUGAGGGAGAUGCUGUCUCUGGUACGAGGGGAGGCGCUCAGCGUGGAAGGGACCGACCUGGAGCAGCUCAUUAAAAAGCACGAGGAGUACCGCGUGCAGAUGGACAGACAGCUCAUCAAAUCCCAGGCUGUGAAGGAGGAGGGGAGGCGUCUGAUGGAGGAGGGAAACUUCAUGUCCAAGGAGGUGGAGGAGCGUGUGUGUGAGCUGGAGGAGCUGGAGGUGCAGCUGCAGAAGGUUUGGGAGGAAACCAGGCUGCUGUAUGAGGAGGAGCUGGAGAUCUCACUCCUGCAGAGAGAGCUGCAGCAGGCGGAGCGCUGGCUGAGCUCCUACGAAAACACACUGAUGGCCGAGGACUACGGGGAUUCUGUGUCGGACGUUAUGGAGCUGCUGAAGAGGCAGGAGGACUUGGAGGCCAUGAUCCAGGCCCAGAGCGACCGCUUUAUCGCUCUGCAGAAGAAGAAAACGCAGAGGGAGAAGAGAUUGAACCUUGUUGGAAAAGAAAACGUGGAAUCUGAGGACAGAAAACUUCCAGCCAGAGUUUCAUCUCUUCGGAGGAAACCUUCAGAUCCAAAGCCGUCAAAGAUCUCUUCCCCUAGAGACAUCGUCCGUCGAGUCAGCAGCAGCAGGACGGUCAUGCCGUCUGUGCUCGAUAGGAAAACCAGCCUGACAACCUCGGCGAGCUCCACACCGAGUCCGUCUCUCCUCUCAGACUCGAGGAGAAGCUUCAGUGCGAGCAGGAAGUCUGUGGAGGCAGAAGACGAGUCGAGCAGUUCUUCUGAAAGUCCCAGCUCCAGCCCGACUCUGAAGUCCAGGAGGGGUCAAAUCAGCCGCUCAGAGUCCUCCUCUAAAGCCCGUCCUGAGUCUCCUCCUCCCAAACCCCCCUCCUCCCCUCACACCUCCGUCUCUUCUCCUGAGGAGGAGCCACGACCCAGACCCAGAUCUAAACCUCCUCUGGCUCCCAAACCCAGACUCUCCUCCACAGAACAAACAAUUGAGCGUCACUCUGAGAAUCUGACUACGCCACCUAAAUCUCCUCCACCAAUCAGAGCGCUCGUUGCUCCCACUGAGCCUCCUCCUCCUCCUCCUCCUGUCGCUCACAGAUCCUCUCCUCCUCCAACAAGAAAAUACCUCCAUGACCUGCCUGAAGUUCCUGAUCCUCCACCUGCUGCCACAGACGUUACCCCACCUGAGUCCCCACCUGCUGCACCAGCUUACCUCGCUCCUCCAACCAGAGCGCUGCCUCCUUCUCCUCCACAGCGACAGAGGGAGUUAGAGGAAGUACCGGAGGAGGAGCUUGACUCCAGACCAGAGGUAACAGCAGUGCGGCCUAUCAGAAUGGAGGGGACGCUGGAGAUCAAACUGAAAAAAGGUGGAAACAAGGGUUUGGAGCACUGGGAGGAGGUGUUUGCUGUCCUGGAAGGAGAGAUGUUCAGCCUGUUUAAAGACAGAGAGGCUGUUGCAGAGAUGGCCUCUAUGUGGCCUCCUAUCAACUUGGUUGGAACUGUUUGCAGAGAGAACAUUUACUACAGGAGGAAGGAGCACACUUUCAAACUGAUACUGGAGGACGGCAGUCAGUUCUUGUUUGCGGCGUCCAGCAGAGACUUACAGCUGCUCUGGAUAAAGAAACUCCAAAACGUCCCUGAAUCUGCAAACAGCGACUCCGACGACUCAGGGAGAGCGUCUUCGGUCAACCUGAGUUUGGAGAAGUUAGCCGAGGCUCCGGACGAUUCCGCCUCGAGCCGGACAUUUGACAGGAGAGCUGAGAGCCUGGAGAGACAAUCGUCCACCGAGGGGACUCCUCCUCCCAAACCCCCCCACACGUACUACAACAAACACCGCUACUCUGAGGGGCAGGAGGAGGGGGAGGUCCGGUCCACAGGUCAGCAAGUCCAGGCCCCUUCAGUGGCUCCUCCUCCGCCCCCCGACACCCAGGACCCCUCUGCUGUGACCCCCCAGGUGUCAGACGACAACCAGAGCAAGACCAAGAGGAAUGUCUUCAGGAAGUUUUUCAUUAAGAAGUAGAGCUGACGGACAAACUGUGCACUAAACGCUUUCAGACGUCGGGGGAGGUGUCCUGAAAGCCUUCAUUUAUAAAGUGUUUUAUUUAACGUGUUCACAAAGUGCUGCAGAGGAAACAUUCAACUACAAAUCUGAUCAAGUUAGAUACUGAAACAUAACCAAAAAACAAACGUCUAAUGUAUUACUGACUUUAAUCUCACCUUAAGCUCCGCCCUCCCCCUCCUCUCCCCCGCUGGUCUGCGUUCACAUCAGUAACAUCGUUCUGUGCCCGAGUACACAGAAAGAAGAAGUAACCAUGGCAACCCCUCGCGGGCUGACUCCAUCCUGCUAACUGUGGAUGUUUGUGUGAUUUCUGAGACGGCAACAACGACCCUCUUCCUACGUCCACAUCGACCGUGCAGCUCAGAGGAUGAAACGGGCUGUGCUGCGUGCAGCGUGUAGUGGUCCACUUCCUUUUGACUAUAUUCAUGUUUCAUUUAGACUGUGACGGACUCAUUCUUCUGCUACACACCAACAUGAGGUCCCGUGUCCACCUUGCAUUUCUUCCCAGGCAGAAAAGCGCUGACUGCGCUUGGGAGCGCUUGCAUGAAGUGUUUUAGCGCUGAUAAGAAAAGCGUCUGUUGACAACUGCCGCUGUCUGACCGUCACUGCUCCGUUACUUUUUACUGCGGAGCGAGGAGGAAGUGGCUACAACCAGAGGUGGGACAAAGUCAUUGUUUUGCAAGUCACAAGGAAAUCUCAAGUCUUUGGUCUCAAGUCCCGAGUCAAGUCAAAAGUAAAGACUGGCAAGUCCCAAGUUGAGUCAAAAGUCCUAACCUUUGAAUUUCGGUUCCUAAACAAGUCUUAGCUCUCUUCACCAAAUUAAAUGCCAUUUUAACAGAGUAAUAAUUUGUGAGUCAGUGUAACUGACUCUGUUUUGUUUAUUUUUCCUAAAUUCAGUUUUUUCCAUUUUUAUUUGACUGAAUUCUGUGUUUAAUGGUGUGUUCCAUUAGAUCAGAUCACUGAUUUGGGUCAUUUUAUUAGAUCAUGUCAGGAAAUUGAGACAUUUUUCAAUAUAAAUGAACUUGCCUUGAUUUAUUUUCUAAAAAGUUUUAUGCCUAGUGCCCAGGCCACCGUUGCUCCCCCUUUUUUUACAGUGUGUGUGAAGACGUACACCAAACGCACGUAAAACUCCUCAUAUUUUAUAAAAACACUUGGUGUAAAAAUGUAGGGUUUUUUAAUAAAUCACACCCACAUUGAGGCAAAUCCGACGAUAUUCUGUACACAGUUGAUUAUAUUUUCAUUGUAAAACAAUGUGAUUCCGUCCGUGUUUUGCGCAUCGUGGAAAUUAUAUAGCCUGUGGGACCUAAAAUAACAUUAAAACCUCAAGUAUUUUCGAGUCAUUAGGCUCAAGUCCAAGUGAAGUCACGAGUCAUUGGUGUUGAAGUCCAAGUCGAGUUGCAAGUCUUUAAUGAUUUUUCAAGUCGAGUCCAAAGUCAUCAAAUCUGUGACUCGAGUCCAAGUCAUGUGACUGGAGUCCACACUUCUGGCUACAACACAUGAUCUGUAGGAGGCUGAACUACGGGGAAUAUCAAACAUCUGGGAAAGAGCACCGGUGACAUCAACAGCGCCUUUCUGAAGAGUUGAGCGAUUUUCAACUUGAGCGCUCUGACCAAAGACCCUGAGCGCUGCGCUUUCUGUCUUGCUGGCCGCCUGCUCCUGUGAACGCUCUCUACUCAUUGGGAACAAGUGAAAAAAGACGCUGGCGCUCAGUAAAAAACGCCAGGUGGAAGCAGAUGCUGUUUUUUCUUUCCUUCAGAAGUGGUUUCCAUUUUCUAUUUUGAACAUUUGAUUUCCUCGCCGAUCGCUCAGAUUUCAGAGUAUCUUUAAAUCAACAACUCAGUUUGCCGUGAUGUUAAGCUGCGACCCGACAGAUUGUCAUGGUUUAAACGGCGAGAUCGUGGAUUUCAUGUCUCAUCACUCUGCUUCCUGAAGCGACCUCGCUAAAUGUGCAAGCUUCAGCGCCACGUCGGCGUGAACGAGGUCAGCGACAGUCUGAGGUUUUCAUGUCUGAUGAGUUUGAAGAGCGUUCCUCUGAAGUCAGAUCUCCAUCUUCUGAAAAGUGACUCUCUCUCUGUCUGUCUCUCUCUCUCUCUCCCUCUUAGAAGUCGAUGGAGGGAAAUCAAUCCAAACUAAUUUGUCACAUUUCGGAGCAGAAAAGCUUCCUGCAGGUCUCGUCUUCACGCCGUGCUUAGUAUUUUAAAAAAAAAAAGAUGAACUUUGCUUAAUGAGUCCGUGUUUAUUUAUUAAUGAGCAACAAAUCCAAACAUCUUCAGACUCAUCUCUCCUCCUUUCAGCGCCGUCAAUCAGUCGAUCAUUAAGAAGAACGUGUCGCUUUAAAGAGAUCAAAUUAAAGUCUUUGAUAUGUUGGAGUGCGAGUCAUUGAGACCAACGUGACGUUCCUGUUUCUGCUCGUCACACCGGGACACCGCGUGUUGUCGGAUCAUCUCGUUAAUUUGAUUGAUUACUGAACAUCCCUGCACUCCAUGUUUACAUUAAAUAUUUCCACAUUCCA